AUGGAUCCUCUACACAUCACCGAAUUUGGUUCGGAGCGAUAUCUGGACAAGAUCAAUCGGCCACAGACAAGCGCUACGCAGCAAUCUACCACUGUCGCGCCGCCCUCACAGUUCCUUCUUCCUUUACGAGGUGCCCACCAUCCCGAAACCGAAGAUGCAGCAACCAGGGCCAGCGAGCCGAAACGUCCGGAGAAGAAAGGCUUCCUCAGUUUUCGAAAGUUCCACGCCAAGACGCCAUCUAGCUCCAACUCGUUGGAUCAUGGCGAACGUCGCUUCUCGGCCACAGAGCCGUUGGUCCGGCAGAGCACCUCGUUCGAUCGCCAAUUCCACUGUCUGCCUCCCGAGCUACAAGUCGAGAUCAUUGCCUCUCUCCCGCUCUCCGACAUCCUCAACUUGCGACUGACAUCACGGUCGCUACAUGCUCUAAUAUCGCUCAACGAGACCCCUAUCGCACGACAUCAUCUCGACAAUCACGUCCCGGCUUAUGCCAAACGACUAUAUCCGGCCCCUUCACCAUCGGCCCUGAAUCUUCACUAUCUAUGCGGGAUAUGGCACAGGCUUCAUGUGGCUGCCAAGCUCUCGUAUCUGAUGUGUGAGUGGAUAUCGCGGGAACUGUUUCUCCGGAACACGGAAGAAAAGAAAAGGUCUUUCGCACCUCAAAGGGAACGGAUGCGGAAGCGUCUGAUCCCCCUACUAUUCACCAUUUUUCAUUUUUUCGAGACCUAUCGGGAUCUUCACCUCAAAUAUCUCGCCCAAAAUGACGGCAAGGGCCUUCUCAAAGAACCUUACACGAUUAACCCCAUAGAGGCACAAAUUAUGAGUUUGUAUGAUGACAGGACGCUACUUCGAGUACACGAGGUAUUUCCCUUAGUUAUUUCCUCAUUCUGCCGGCGCCUCCGCCCGCCUUCGUAUGUUGGCCGAGUUGAAAGGUCGAUCAGGGGCUACUUGAGGGACAAACCGCCGGAUGAGGUGCACGUUGCGAUUUUGUGCAUUGGGGGUCUCCGAGAGGUGGAAAGGAUAUGGGAGGUGAAAGGGUACAAUACAAGGCGGGCGGCUGUGGAUAACUGGUACAACUCCAUCACACGCGACACGGCAGAGCAAGAACCCAAGAAACGACGGGGUAUGCUGGGGUUGAAACGCAAAAAGUCUUCCUUCACCAUGGGAAAGAAUCCGUUAGGAGACGCGGUGGCGGCUAAUGCUCGGAUAUCUGGAGAUGCCGGUAUGACAACCAGAGACCCGAUGAGCAAUCUCGUUUUCAACACUAGCCUGUCUACCGUUGAACGUGCCUCUGAUAUUAAGCGCAACGCCCAAAUAUUCACCGAUCUGAUCUGCGAAGACGGGUUUGAAGAGGAGGACCAGUGGUGGUAUGGCACUAUUGCGCCCGAGUCUGUACGACCCAACCUUGAGGCGAUCGAGGAGGAUGUUCUAGAAUGA